UUCUCCCCCCCCCCCAAAAAAAGAAUCCUGGUAGCCAUAGCUGUCAACUUUCAGAUUUGAAAAUAAGGGAUCAGCAGCCUCACCUGUCCCGGAGACAAAGUCUACGGGAUAGCAGCGCUGAAAUAAGGGAAUUUCCUGCCAAAAAAAAGGGAAGGUUGACAGCUAUGCUGGUAGCUAGUUUGUUAAGGUUACUGGAAAUUCUAGUUCUGUGAGGGGUCAAACUACAAUUCCCAAGAAUCUUUGUGUAGGGGUGUGCCUUAAAUGUACAGUCGGUAUGUAGCCCUGGACUGAGACAAAGCAAAGUGUCAGAUUCACAAGUUAGGGGGGGGAAAUCUUAACUUUUUUUAGGAAGCCACUAAAAGUUUUGGGAGGGGCCCCUCAGGGAGGAGCAGGCUUAUAGUGAGUGCAUGAGAAUAUUUCACAGGAGAUGCUUUUUGUAAAAUAAAAUGUCAUCCUUUGUGUGUGUCUCUCUUCUCUCCCUUCAGCACACACCCCUCAAACCUAAGUCCGGCCCUGGUUAUAAUAUAACAAAUGCAAUAAAUAAAGAAGUAAAAUUGGUGCGUCUGUGCCAGUUAACUUUAGUGCUGCUGUCAGGCAGAAAUCCCACCGGUGCUGCUGGACUGCCUGCCUGCGUGCAGCGCCAAACGCUUUGAGGUCGCGGCUGCCAACCCUCAACCCUCGAGCGCUGACGACGCCUCUCCUCUCUCUCUCCUCCCCUCCGACGGGGCGGAGACCGGCAGCCGGGCAGCCCCUUCCCAGCACCGUCGGCUGGAAGAUGGCGCAGCUGUCCGGGCUGCUCCUGGUCGAGCUGGCCCUGAAUGCCGCCGCCUUCCUGUGCGGAGUCAUUUGCUCCUCCGCCCUCACCGUUACCCAGGGGGAGUUCGGUGGCCAGUGCAUCCUGUAUGGGUCUGUGCGCUACAAUGGGACUCUGAGCUUAAGCACUUCCAGCCACGUCUCGCUUUGCUACUUCGUCUCGGCCGUCUCCCUCCUGGCCGCCAUUUCCUCCUUCGUGGCUCUUCUCCGCAGCGUCUACAUUUCCUGCUUCGGUGACAGCGAGAGACGGUCGGGUGACGUGUGGGUCAAGGCGUUUUUGGUUAUCUCAGCUGUGGUCCUCUUCUUCUUGCUCAUCUCGGCCUGCAUCCUUCGGGUCGGCAUGGAUGCUCUCUGUGGGUCCAUUCAUACUUCUGCGGCUGCACCGAGUUGUCAAGAAGCUCAGCGCCGCCCUUGGGUCCAGCCCUAUCGUGCCACAAGGUUCUAUGACAACCUCUACACUGCAGAGGCGGCUGCCUGGGUGAACUUCUUCUUCUGGUGUUUGACGGCGUUGCUGCUGUACUUGGAGAGUGUUGGCAAAUUCCCAUUCCAGCCCCCUCAGAGCAGUGGCCUCACGUGGAACGAUGACGAGACAGCGCCUAUCAUUGGGGAUGGACCACGUGGGCCUUCAUGAAGUGGGGGUAUCGCCACCAUUAUCAUCUCUGCUGCACUUUAGGGAGCAGCUCCGGGGCACCCCGCUUUUGCCUUCUCCUUCCCAUGAGCUUCAUAGAAGACGGGGGGGGGGGGUCUCUCUCUCCCUUAUUGUGCCCGGACAGCAAACCUUUCCGAAGAACCACCUGUUAACUUCUAAUGGACUCCUUCACGUUACGUGGCUGCUCGACUAGAAAUUGCAGAAUUGCAAGAACCUGGAAGGUGGCCAGCAGCUUAACUGUUUGAGCAAUGGCUCUGCAGACGUUUGCAUUUCCAAGGUGGAAAAAUUGAGAUUUGAGAUAGAAUUGGCCAAAGGAAAGGCAAAGUCUUUUGACUUCCUUGCUACCUGGAGUCGACUUGUGGAGUACGUUCAGGAAUGUCCCCAAGAUCCUCACUUUUCUUCUGCCUUCCUGAAACUGCAGAACACUAUCUGAAGUGACUUCUGUAGUCAGUUGGACUCAAUAAUUUCUCCUACUUGGGAUAACUUCAAAAGCUUUCCAACGGCUUGUUCUUCUGUGGUGCGGUGAGGGAGAACCUGCCUGUUUCUAUUGUUUUCUCACAAAAAAAACCAAUAAAAUAUAUUUUUAAAAGAC